AUGGGCUUAUCAAAUUCCAAGAAAGACUCAAUGCUACGAAAAACGAUUUACGAUUUUAUUGUAAAUGAUAUUGACGAAAAGCCAAUUAAACUCUCAAAUUAUCAAGGAAAAGUUCUUAUAAUUGUUAACGUUGCAUGCAGCUGCCCAUUAACAAGAAGAAAUUAUAAUCAAUUGAACCAACUGUAUUCAAAAUAUAACGAAAAAGGUUUAGAGAUUUUAGCUUUUCCAUGCAAUCAAUUCUAUAAUCAAGAAGCUGGCUCUAAUGAAGAAAUAAAAGAUUAUGUUAAAAACGAUUUGAAGGCAAAAUUCAACUUGUUUAGUAAAAUUAAUGUCAAUGGAAAAAAUGCAUGCGAUCUCUAUAUUUAUUUAAGAUUCAAAAGUUCUUUGGCUGGUAAAAAUAUCGAUAUGAAUUUUGGGAAGUUUUUAAUUGAUAGGCAAGGAAACGUUAUAAAUUAUUAUAAGUCAAAUCAAGACCCAUUAUCAUUCGAAAAUGAUAUAUUAAGUCUUCUUAAUCAAUAA